AUGCUAUAUUUGGUAAACCGGUUAACCAUUACCAAUAUUGCGUUGCGCUUUUUGCCGGUUCCAUUUACCAACGUUAAAAAUUUUCCGAUAAAAUUUAUCGAUAGCUUUUGUUUCGGGCGAUUUGUAAUUGUCCUUACCUUUUUCGAUAUCCAAAGCGUUGGUCCCAAUUUUAAUUUGCAAAAAGCCUUUUUCGCAACAUUCCUUAAGUAA